UUCCUUUCUUCAAAGCCACACUAAUAAUAUGGUGGAAGCUGAAUUCUAAUUAUCAUGUGAAGCAAGUUAUUCUUAAUCCAAAUACAAGUACAAUCUUUGUGACAAGCAUCACAUGCACAUUGGGAGUGAAUCCACAGUAGCUUAAUCAUCCAAGCCUCCCCCCAUACCCACUUAUUAAAUUAAUUAUUAGUACAUACAUACCACUAUAUAAAUUAAUCAAAUGCAUACUAAAAUUUGCAUUCCAUUGCAUUGCAUUGAAGGUGAUCAUAGAAUUGUUUGAAUUAAUAAUAAGAAUGUUUAACUGGGGUUCCAUUGUUGUGACAGUGAUGUUGUUCGUGUUGUUGACACCGGGGCUGUUAUUUCAGGUUCCAGGUCGUUCAAGAUGCAUUGAGUUUGGAAACUUUCAGACAAGUGCUGCUGCCAUAGUUGUUCACUCUCUCCUCUACUUUGGUCUUGUUUGUCUAUUCUUGAUUGCCAUUAGGGUCCACUUUUACAUAGGAUAGAUAACUUAUCACUUCCAAUUUUACGUAUGUUGUUUUUCUUUUUACUAUGUUUUCGUUCUUAUCGCUUGUGAUAACAACGAAUGAAGUUUAGUCUUUGUCCCUUGUUUGUUUUUCAUGUACUAUUUGUUUGUAUUCAUGACCUAAACAUGCAUUAUUGAGAAAUAAUGCACGUAUCUUUUCAAGUGAGAAGUUGAAUUGAAACUUUUUUAUAUUUAA